CUUUCAAGUCACAUGACGGACUUGAAGCAUGUCCAGGCGGCAUUCCCUCUCGAUGAAGGCUACACGCGAGUGUAUCUGUGUCGACAUGGAGAGACCGACUACAAUGUGACGCUGCGGUUUCAGGGCCGCGGCAUCGAUAGCACACUCAAUAAAAACGGUGAAGCACAGGCCAAGAAACUAGGACUAGCGUUGCAAGACGUACCUCUGGAAGGACUGUAUUGUAGCUUCCUCGUCCGCGCCAAAUCGACGGCUGCUGCGAUCGGGGUACAUCACGACCUCGAUCCGAUUGUGGUUGACGGCUUGGAAGAAAUGUUCUUUGGCACGUGCGAAGGCAUCAAGCUCGAUGACCUGUACGACUUGUGGAAGUCGACAGUGAAUGCGUGGGUCGAAGGAAAUCUCCAUGUAAGGUGGCCAGAGGGCGAGUCCCCGGUGGAAGUCGAGAAGCGAGGACGGGAAGCGCUGCUGAGAGUCCUCACACCCAAGGCGAAACACAUUGCGCUCGUGUGUCAUGGUCGAUUCAACAAACUGCUUUUGUCAUCGCUGCUUUACGGCGAUAUGACAAAGGUAGAAACCAUCGCACAAGACAACACGUGCAUCAACGUCCUCGACUUCCACCAUGACACCAAGACGUUCACGCCACGGUGCCUCAAUUACACCGACCACUGGAAUCUCGACCUUCAAGAAGAUUAAUUUCCAUCAUUGCUGAGGCCCAUAUUUCGUAUCAUUCACUUCCGUCCUUGAAGGCUCAUACCAAGGGCGAAUCCUUCCUGCAAUAGAGUGUGAUGAACGGGAAUGUGCCUGAAAGGCCGCAGCAGCAUUUGCCGCCAAACAGAAUCCAUUCACGGACCAUGAGGCAUGGCAACGAUGUGUUUGUGAGAUGAUGUGACUCAAGAAAGCGCGGGCGGACGGCGCGAUGCUGUCAUACAUUGACGGAAUGCCGGAACGCUGGGGUAAUAAUAAAAUUCGUGUUGAUUGGAAA